GUUUGACACACCAAUUCUACAUUAGCAACCGCAAAAUCUUAUUGGAAUUUUAGUUCAUCGCUCGAAUCGAAUUCAUUCACUUGUUUGUUGUCUUACAUUCGCAUACGCGUCCGCGAAAUUUCAACGCCGCAAAUUCUACUAUUUCACUUCUUCUGUUUUGUUAAGUUUUGUUGUGUAGUGCCGUUGCAAACGCAGGAUUUUAAUUUAGCUGAAAUAAAUUUUGACACAAAUGUAUAUAAUAUAAACAACAAAAAAAAAAAUAUAUAUUGUAUAUAAUAUAAACAGCAAAAAAACGCAAAAAUUGCUCUUUUCGAAAGGUUUUACGAUUUUCUAACGAAUAUUUUGUGGUCGGCGUAUGUAUUGGUAUUGCAGCUCUAAAUUUGUAAAAAAAGUGCCAAAUUGCAAUAUUAAAAAAACAAACGAAGGUAGUUCUUACAGAUUUUAUGUACAUCUCUUGAUUUGCUAGUGCUUUGUGGCAAAUUAAAACUGCAAUAUUCCAUUUGCAAAAAAUUGGAAACAGAUUUCUGAGUUUUUUGUGCUAAACCGUGAACGGUGAUAGAGAAAUCUUAAAAUAGUGUGCACACUAAUUGAUGACUGAGAAUAAAGGAAUCAUGCUGGCAAAAUCUGUACAAAAACACGCUGGACGUGCCAAAGAAAAGAUUUUGCAAAACCUGGGCAAAGUCGACCGAACUGCGGAUGACAUCUUCGAUGAACAUUUAAACAACUUCAAUCGCCAACAAAAUAAUGCCAACAGACUACAAAAAGAGUUUAACAAUUAUAUCAGAUGCAUUCGAGCUGCUCAAGCUGCUUCCAAGUCGCUAAUGGAUGCCAUAUCCGAAAUCUAUGAACCACACUGGGUCGGCUACGAGGCGUUGCAGGCGCAAACUGGCGCUGCCGAAAGCCUUUGGCAAGAUUUUGCUCAUAAAUUGGCGGAUCAAGUGCUUAUUCCAUUGAAUACGUACACUGGCCAGUUUCCUGAAAUGAAGAAAAAAGUGGACAAACGCAAUAGAAAACUUAUUGACUACGAUGGCCAACGCCACUCAUUCCAGAGUCUACAGGCCAAUGCCAAUAAGCGUAAGGAUGAUGUCAAGCUUACCAAAGGACGCGAGCAGCUGGAGGAAGCUCGUCGCACCUAUGAAAUACUCAACACUGAGUUACAUGAUGAGUUGCCCGCCUUAUAUGAUUCAAGAAUACUAUUUUUGGUCACCAAUUUACAGACACUCUUUGCAACGGAACAAGUUUUUCAUAAUGAAACGUCUAAGAUCUACUCCGAGUUGGAGGCAAUUGUGGACAAAUUAGCAACUGAUUCCCAGCGCGGCUCAAACACGCUACGAAAGCAAACUAGUAAAUUUAUGGAAAGCUCUACCUUUCCCGUUCCUAGCGCAACGAAGACGUCGCCAUUCAAGCAAAUGAACAAUACAAGCAACACUAAUAAUAGCAACUAUCAAAAUCAGAUCACCACAAAUGGUUCUAGUAAUGCCACUAGUCCAUCAUCCACAUCCACAAGCUCCUCACAUCAAACAUCCAGGCUUGACUCAGUUUCUCCAACACCAGAAUCGACGCCGUUAAAGUUGAGAGGCGGUGCCACUCCCGCUGUCGCCCCCACCAUGUCGAGUGCCAGCGCCGGCUCACCUUCUUCGCCGGAAAGCAGCCCCCUAACCGGACCUGUGAUUCCGCCUUCAUAUCAGAAUGCAGUUGCACUACUUUCGACGGUCACGAAUGAAGCGACACCCAACAAUGCCGCCGAACAGCGCCAAAGUAUUGUACUGGAUAGUCCAAAUGCGAACACGUCACUUGCUGCUGCUGCGACAGAGAAAAGCGAAAGUAUAGAUGUUGCACAUGCGCAUAAUGCUGCUGCUGAGGCGUCCCUCACAACUGAUGAAAUGACAACAAACGAUAAAGAAGUAUCGAAUGUGACGGCCACUCCGGCAACCACUAACAACGUAGACGAAAGCAGCAAUACAAAGAAAUCGGCGAAACCCACACCAGAACAGCUAAACGGUAAUGCUAACGUCAAUGAAAAUGCAGCAGGCACGCAGUCACCCACCCCCAAUGCCAACGUCGAUACACCCCCAAAAACGGCAGCAACAUUGGCGACGGAUGCGAAUAAUGGCAAUACGGAUGAAACGAAUAAGAAAUCAGGAGGUAAAGUCAUUCAAAAGUCACCAAAAAGACACAAAGCACAGUUAUUGAACCCAUUGAAUUUGAUACGAAAAUCGCGCGCCGCCGCGGCCACGCCAAAUCAAUUCGUAAAUAUUGAUAAGCGUGCGGCCGCUACAAAUGAACUUAAUACUGUUAAUAAAGAAGCUUCAACAAAUGUUGAGCAAAAUGCGAAUGCGCAAAACAAUGAAAAUGUAGAAGCAUCGGUUAGUAAAAAUCCUUUCGAAGAAGAUGAACAAAUCUACGAAAUACCAACUGAUGCCACCACUUCGGAUUUGCCAGCAGGUGUGCUUUACCGUGUCAAGGCGACCUAUGGUUACGUGAAGGAGGACGCUGAUGAAUUAAGUUUCGAAGUAGGCGAUAUAAUACGCGUCAUUGAGUACGAUGACCCAGAGGAUCAGGAGGAAGGCUGGCUGAUGGGGCAGAAGGAAGGCACAAACGACAAAGGACUAUUCCCUGCCAACUUUACACGGCCUAUCUAGGCAUACCAGCGUGCGAACAACAACCGCAGCAGGCCAGUGCAACGAACAAAACAUCAACAAUAAAUAAAUAAAUAAAGAAGAAGGAGAAGCAUAAAAAUAUUUAAAGAUAAAAGUUUAAGGAAAAGUAGAAAAUGACAGUAAAAUCAAGCCCAGCGGAAAUUUCAACAAUGGCGUUAAAUUGGCUGCAGCGAAUGCAAGAAUUGUUAAUUUUUUAUAAAUAUUUAUAAAUUAAUUUUUUCUGUAGAAAAAUCUAUUUACUCUGCUAUCCUAAAACACACACACACACGCAAAAUCAAGAAAGCAAGCAGGCGAAAUUUGUUGUUAAGCGCCAAUUCAAGCGUAUAUAUGGGAAUAUACAUAUAUACAUAUGUAUGUAUUACAUGCACACCUCCAGAUAUACAUAUAUUUAUACACACAUGCUUAAUAUAUUUUGUUCCGCUGUCAUACUUGCAUACAUACAUACUUAGUUAUGUAUGGGCAUAGUCUAUUUUAUUUUUGCUCAUAAAUGCAAUAAUAAUUUUAUUAUAUUGACUAUUUUUGUUUUGAAAAUUUUAAAAAGAGAGUAAAGCAAAUUGAACAAGAAUAUAAAAUUAUUAAGUUGAAUAUUGGUGCAUAAAUACAGAGAUCCACGCCUUUUCGCGGAUGUUCUUCAAUAUGAAAAAACGAUUUUUUGCUAAAAUUAAUUAAUGAACUCGAUUCUGAAUUUAUGUACGGAUAUUCAAAAAACCUUAUUUUUUAAAUUGUAUUUUAUUUCUUUUUAAAUUUUAUUCAAAUGCGCUUCCCUUCCAGUUUUAUUGAAUUCAAAUCAAGUUCGUCCUAGGCGAAUGCAUUAAAGGUGGUGGCACUAGGCCAAUAACAACAUUUUGAAUGUCAAAGUUAAAAACAAGGAAGUGCUUUGUUUAUUUUAAACGAAUUGCGCACUUCCCCAUUAUCUAAUUUGCUUAUAAAAAGCCUUUUGAAUUUCAAUUCAUUACAAAAUUUCAAUUUUCAAAUUACAAAUUUUAUUGUAAAUAAUACGUUUCGUAAUUUAAUUUCGUGCACCGCGAAAAAAAAGAAGCACAAAUCAGCUGGUCUACUGCUACCACCUUGAGCAGAUUCGCCUUGAGUUUGUCCACAACAUUUUGGUUUGUCUUUUUUGAAUUCAAUAUGUAAUUUAUUAAAUUAUCUGAUUGAUUCUACAUAUCCAUUUUCUUUAUCAAGAAAAGUCAACUUUAGUCGAAGUUGCUUAAAAUUUUAUUGUUAUUGUUAAUUUUUUAAAAUAUACAUACAUAUAUAUAUUAAUAAUAAAUAAGUUUCAAUUAAAAUUGGGUGGAACGAAGCUGGCCUAAAGCAAAACGCUAACUAAUAUUUAUUAACAAACUAUUUAUUUACCAGAAAUUCGAAGAACAAAACGUCUUACCCACUUUCGAUCGCAGCAAUGUGAUUGAGUUUUAAUUUAGAAGCCGAAACAAGUAACCAGGCAAAAAAUCAAUAUUUUGUUCGGCGCCAAUAUGUAUGAUAUUUACAAAAAAGAAUCAUAAACAUCCAAUGUUUGUGAAUUUCACACAAAUUCGCCACCGAUCGAUCGAAAAUGGGCUUAAAAUUUGUAUUUGAAAUUGAAAUUGAAAUUCGUGAGUAAAGCACGGAGAAAGUAUCUCGUUGUGAA